CAUACGGCACUGGGUUUGGCCGGCAGUGAUUGGAAUGGUCCGAAUAUAAUAAAUGUAACAUUGCCAUCGACCAGUAUAAGUAAAAGCUAUGACAGCGACUUACGUGAAAGUGCCAUUGUAUCGGGUUUGACACCGGCCACUACCUUUCUGAUACGCAUGCAGGCCAUCAAUGAAAUUGAACGCAGUCCCUUUACCGAGCCAAUUGUCUUGAAGACCCAAGAGGAAGCACCCACCGAAGCGCCAUCCAAUGUCCAGGUGCAGACUGGUGGCGAAAGUGAAUUGAUUGUCACUUGGCAGAUACCACCACGUGAAUCCUGGAAUGGCGAACUCAUCGGCUAUACCGUCAACUGUAGCGAAGAAAAACAGAAUAUCAACUACAUUAGCGUUGUCAAUAAUUCACUGAAGUCUGUGAUUGUAAGUGGCUGGGCCACAACGAAGGCCACAUUACGUGGCUUACGAAAGUAUACCCGGUAUGCGGUUACGGUGCGAGCCUUGAAUAGUUUUGGUUCGGGACCAUGGAGUACGCCCAUCUUUGGGACAACAUCUGAGGGAGUGCCGGAAGCAGCACCGCAACAUGUCAACUGUACCGCAUUAUCGUCACAAAGUCUAAAAGUAUCCUGGCUGGAGCCACCAUUGCAAUUUCACGGUGGCAUAAUUCAGGGCUAUAAAAUUUUAUAUCGGCCGAUUGUGAAUCAGA